GGAACUUUGAAAUAAUGUUUUUCUUUGUUCUAUUUUGAAAACAGGUGCUGAAAUAAAGCGUCCGUUAAUAUACUAAUUACUAGCAUUUUUUUUAUAAAGUAUAAAGUUCCAAUCACGAGAAAGAAAAUCAAAGCCGAACUUUCAGAAUGAAGCUGUUACUCGCAAUUAUUGGACUCGCUAUUACAAGCGUCGUCUCCCAAGAAAUCCUUGAGGUUACAUGCGGCCAAGAUGCCAUCGUUGCUCGUUUCAACAAGCAGACCGCAGAUGCCGCUGAUUACAGCAUGUCAGAGCUCCAUUUCAACGACCCAGAAUGUGGUUUUGAUGAGGAAUUAGAUGGCUACUUCAUAAAAAGAAUGUCACCAUUGAACGACUGUGGAACGAAAAUUGUGGCCAACGACACCCACGCCGUUUUUGUCAACUCCAUUUCUUCUGGAGACAUUGAGACCGGAUUAACCUUCCCUCAUGGAAUCAUCGUUGGUCAACCAGAAAACACAGACCUGAUCAGCGUUUCCUAUGAAUGCACCUACGAAAUUGAUUUGAGAGCCAGCGCCGCUUUCAUCCCCAAUAUCACCGUACUGAGGAUCGAAAUUCCCGACGCAAUCGGAACUGGAGAAUUCCAAGUUGCCAUGGCCAUUUACAGAUCAGAAGCUUACAGAGAAAUCUUGGAAGGAACUCCCACUCUUCAACCAGAUGAGACCGUUUUCGUCGGAGUCACCUUCAUUGGCGAAGACCCAAGCGAGGAAUUGUACCUUCUUCUGAGAAGAUGUUGGGCAACCGUAUUUGAAGAUCCGGAAAGUCUGCCAAGCUACGAUCUCAUUACUGACUCAUGCGCUGUCGACGGAGCGGUUGAAGACACCGUAAGAGUUACUCAGAACGGCAUAAAUCACCAAGCUCUAUGGAGAACAGAGGUCUUCAAAUUUGUUGGUAAUGAAGAUGAGUACAAUACCGUCUGGCUUCAUUGCGACAUCACGAUCUGCGUUGAAGGCACCUGUGAACCGGAAUGUGGUGCCCGGCGUAAAAGACGUAGCAGUGGACAAUUCAUCGACAACAACGAGCACAUCGUUACGGCCGGACCAAUUAGCAGAUUCCCAACUGUGCAGAUUCACUUUACUGGUGGCAAUACAGGAGAGGCUACUGUUAUAAUCAAGAACGAAACCAUUUCGCACGAGAAAUCCCGUGGGGAACCCCAAGACGGCAUCACCGACCACAACCUUCUCAUCAUCAUUGGAGUGUUCUCAGGUUUCUGCCUGUUGUGUCUCAGCAUGGCCUUGAUGAUUGUGAUGAUGCGCCUCAAAAGGUCAAACGAGCGCUCUGGCGAAGUUACUGCCACCGGCACCAUCAACAAAGGCUUCAGCAUAUAAUUAGAAUGAAGCGUGGUUUAUCAUGUCAGUUCAUCACUCAUUUCAAGAAAACUAGCUAAUUAUGUAUAUAGUCAUCAAUUGAUAUACUUAUCAUUCAAACGAUAAUAUGUAUUUGUACCGACAAUUGUCGGAUAUUUCGACUGAAUAGCAUUCCCUGGACUUUGCUGAAUGUGCUUAAAAGCUCACAAAAAGUGAAAUAGAUGUCUUGUCAUAAAGUCGCGUUUCAGCUUUCGCUGAUAAUAAAGUAUGAGAAGUGAUUAUGGGUUCGUGGAUAAUAGUUUGAAGGCUUUUGUUGAACUUUGUUCAAAAACGUGGUAAUGUGGUUUUAUGGACACUGCGGCUUUUCUUUGUAGCGCUUCUAACUGUUAUAAUGCUAAAAAAUGAUUUGAUUAAUCAUGAUGAAACGGUUUUGCAAACAAAUGCCUUAAUAUCUUGAGCAUAAGUGAUUCGUGGACAGCAUUUUUGUCCGACCGUUCCAUUAAUCCGGCAGCUUUGCCAACUUUUGCCAUUUUGUUGUAACUUGUGUGUAAAACAGUUAUUUGUUUAGUUUGUUUUUGUGUACUGCUUUGCCUUUUCGUUAAAUUUUUUUGUACUUGUCUCGUACAUCUCCUUUCCGCCUGAGGAUGCACUUCAUUACCAGUAUGUACUAAAACGAGUGAUGCUGAGCAUUUACAAUAAACUGGUUGAGUAGUAAAUGUGA